AGAAGAGAAGAGGGAAGAGGAAGAGAGGAAGGAAGAGGAGGAUCUGUUAGCUCAAAUACUUUUGAUCUAAGCGAGAGAAACUCUGUUUAAAGCACGGAAACAGAGUCUGUGAGCCGGGAGGAGGAGAACCGGGAGAGAGCAGCGGAGAGAGCUGGGAAAGAGGAUCAUGUUUCUGUUGAAGGGCCCCGUCACUCUGAAACCUCGUAUCUCCAGACUGUUUUCCUCUUUACCCACUCUGACUCUGUUCACUAAGGAUCCGUGUCCUCUGUGUGAUGAAGCCAAAGAGCAGCUGCAGCCUCUCAGACACAGAUUUGUUCUGCAGCAGGUAGAUAUCUCCCUCCCCCAGCACGCUGUCUGGAGGCAGCGUUACGCUCUGGAUAUUCCCGUCUUCCACCUGAACGGACGCUUCGUGAUGAAGCAUGGCGUUGACCUGCAGCUGCUGGACUCCCUGCUGAGGGACGAACAGGGGACGGGAGGACAGGAGGACACAUGAAGACGCUUUAAAUAAAUCCUCAAUAAAGAAUAAAACCAGUCAGUCA